AUUCGAUUGAGCCUUGAGCAGCGGUUUCCCAAAAAGCGCAUGCCUUGUACAACCGGCGCGAGAGCUAGCUUUUGGAGGUGAACGUAUCGUCAGAUUUUUAGCCGGGUGGAAUUUUACAUUUUAUUCAUUCAGAUUUCUUAUUAAAUUCGGUCCAAGACAAUGUCUAUGAGGACACCUGAAUCACGGCUGAGGUACUACAAGAAUAAAGACAAAGACGUGACGGCCCUUAGACAAAGGCGCAAUGAAGUCACAGUGGAACUCCGAAAAGCGAAGAGGGAAGACUGUAUGCAGAAAAGAAGAAAUGUGCCUCUUGACCUACCCGAUGAGAAGGAUGAGAAGUUCCAGCGAAAAGACUUGAAUGCUAUUGUGAUGGAAGCAGGAAGUGAUGACCCAUCAGUCCAACUUGGUGCUGUCCAGGCCGCUAGAAAACUUCUCUCUAAGGAUAAGAACCCUCCAAUAGAUGACUUGAUCAAGUCUGGAAUUCUACCAAUUUUAGUACAGUGCCUUCAGAGAGAAGAUAAUCAUUCACUUCAAUUUGAAGCAGCAUGGGCAUUAACAAACAUUGCAUCUGGGACUUCAGAGCAAACUCAGGCUGUUGUAAAUGCAGGUGCUGUGCCAUUUUUCCUAAAACUUCUGAACUCUCCGAGACAGCAUGUUUGUGAGCAGGCAGUCUGGGCGCUAGGCAACAUUGUUGGUGAUGGGCCGGUUCUAAGAGAUUUCGUCAUUGGCUAUGGUGUAGUGAAGCCCCUUCUGAAGUUUGUCAACCCUGGUGUUCCUAUAACCUUCUUGAGGAAUGUCACUUGGGUACUCGUCAACUUGUGCCGUAACAAGGAGCCCCCACCCCCCAUUGACACCAUCAGAGAGGUUCUCCCUGCUCUAGCUCUCCUUAUUCACCACCAAGAUCUUGAUAUCCUAGUCGACACAGUCUGGGCCCUGUCCUACUUGACGGAUGGGGGUAGUCAUCAGAUCCAGCUAGUUAUCGAGUCUGGAGUCGUCCAGUACCUUGUCCCUCUACUGAGCCACCAGGAAAUCAAACUACAGACUGCUGCCCUGAGAGCUGUUGGUAAUAUCGUCACAGGAACAGAUGAGCAGACCCAGGUUGUGCUGAACCAUGGAGCUCUAAGUCAUUUCACCGGCCUCCUCACCCACCACAAGGAGAAAAUCAAAAAGGAGGCUGUGUGGUUCCUGUCAAACAUCACCGCAGGGAACCAGUCCCAAGUCCAGGAAGUAAUUGAUGCUGGCCUUAUUCCUCUAAUCAUACAGACCCUUGAGACGGGUGAGUUCCAAACACAAAAGGAAGCAGCUUGGGCCAUUAGUAACAUGACCGUCAGUGGCCGAAGGGAGCAGGUGGCUGUGCUGGUCCACUGCAAUGCUGUAGAACACCUAUGCAAACUGUUGGAUGUCAGAGACACACAAGUUGUCCAGAUAGUUCUUGAUGGAUUAAACAAUAUCUUGAAGAUGGCAGGAGAUAAAGCCACAGUCAUCGCAACUGCUAUUGAAGAAGCCGGAGGUCUGGAUAAGAUAGAAUUGCUGCAGCAUCACCAAAAUGAGGAGAUCUACAAACUUGCCUUUGAGAUGAUCGACAGAUACUUUUCUAUAGAGGGCGAUAACGUGGAUGAAGAGAUCGCACCUCAGCAAGUCGACGGACAGUUCCAAUUCAGCGCCAAAGACGGAGCGCCUCCUGACGGCUUCAAGCUAUGAGCCCACACCAGUGAGAGAGCGAGUGAGAGCAGAGCGAGAGAAAAACUGCGCGCGAGUACCGUGAGAACGCGACGAGCGAGCGAGCGAGCGUGACCGUGCGUGCGUGAUUCGACAAGAUCACGCAACGCACAGCCGACAAAUGAGUAUGUAACGCGCCUCCAACCAGACCAAGACGCUACACAACAAAAGAGAACAACGACGCCGACCUAUGGCUACCGUAAUUCAUCGCGAGGAUAAGAUCCCAGAAACCAACAGUGAAAGCGCUCUUCCCCCGUCAGGAUAUCUGCGUUAAAAAUCACUCUAGUACCCAGGCCCUUGAUGGUAGCAAGCAAGGGUUCUCGAAGGGUGUUCUACCGGAAUGUUGGACAAUGGGGAAGUCUUCGACUGGAAGAAUUUUAAAUUGAGAGAAAUUUUUUAAAGUCGCCAGUCCGCCGUUGAGUUUCGAAAGACUAUGAACUGACGCAAGAGACAGCCUAACGAUAAUGACAGCAAACGAGAGAUGGACAUACCCAGUGUGGGCUCCCUGUGUCAACUUGGGAGAACUGGGACAAGUCAGACAUUAAUUAACAGAAUGCUACUAAAGUCAUUUUUAUGUCAUGUUUAUUUUAAUAUUAUCCAUUAUUAGUACGUGUGGUCGUGCUAUUGCAAAACCAGAAAAAGUGUAAUUCCAGAAAAUAUUUUAGUCAUUCCGAAAGUUUGCUUUAAAAGUCAUGUAGAGUUUUUUAAUGUUUCUUUGAUUGAGUUUUAAUACUUUUUAACCUUGCUUUGUAUAUAUCUGGGAAUCCCAUGCCCGAGAAAAGCUCAUUACAGAGCACCCUAGAUGCCGCCAUGGAAUGGCCUAGAGUGUUUUCUGGAAUAACACAUUUCGCUUGUAUUAUAGUGCUUGCCGUGAUAAAGCCCUGGUCUUCCGUAAACGAAAGAUGAAAAUCUUAGAGGCUUUAUCUUGAACCUUUUUUUUUAGAUUAAAUGAAAGUUAUGAUGUGUUACUGACUUUAAGUGAAAAUGGUUCACUGCAAAACGUUUACCUUCUUUAACCAUUACCCAUUUUACACGAACGCGCUACAUAAAAGUGAUACCCGCCCCAUUUCCUAAUGCUGGCGAACUAGUUCUUUCACAACCUUUUGGCUCCUCUCUACAGAGCUCUACACUUGGUGAAGUCGAAUGGCAGCUUUUAUAGUGCGCGUUCGUGUUUGACUAUUAGGCCGACCUUUUUGCCGCCUUGAUGCUCACAAUGUCAAUGAUUUACAGUACAUGAUUGCUGUUAGCUUGAAGUAGAAAUAUUUUAUUUGGCAUUCAAAAGCGCAAGUAAUCUGUUACUCUGUUGUGGAAACUGCAAUAUGACAUUGGGCCAAUAACGUAGUAAGAAGAAAGCUCUUGUAUUGGAUCAAACAUUGCCUUAAAUGGAGCUUUCAAAAUAAGAAAUCCCAGGGGCCUGUCCACCAACAAUGAAAACAGUACUCCCAAAAUGCUACAAUAAAGUAUGGAUAGUCUAAAGCAUAGGUCGUCCCUGGGCUAUUGGAACAUGGAAAUGCCCUUGUUGUAAUCAGUUGACACAUUGGAUAACCCUUUAGUAAAUGCCUGUGUAGAUGGCAUAACAGAAAUAAAUUUUAAUAGUUGA